UUGGCGCGAAAAGUGCGUUAGGGGUGCGGCUGCGGCUCGAGCCCAGACGCCCGCAUUGUUUCUCCUUUACAACUUUCUAUCAGCGCGGCUUGCGGCGGAGCGCGCGCGAGCGGAGGGCCUUUGUUGUCUGCGCGAGCUGCCUGGGGUUGCGUCGCGUUGCGUCUCCUGUGUCCUCUCCGGAGUUCUCCGUCCUCCUCGCGCCGGACGCCUUCUUUUGUCCCUGUCUCUUCUCCCCCGCGCGCCGUGUGUCCGGCCACAGCGCGAGCUCAGCGACCACAUGAGCCGCCCGUAAAUCGAAUCCCUGCAAUGCCUGGACUUAGCUGCAGCGCGGCACCCGACGGGUUCUGGCCCAUGGAGCUCGAGGCCCAGCAGCACUACUUUUAUGAUGGUCUGGACACUGGGGAGGAUUUCUACAAGUCCCUAGCGCCCAGUGAGGACAUCUGGAAGAAGUUUGAGCUGCUUCCUACUCCACCCAUGUCACCCUCAAGGUCCUGGGCAGAGUGCCCAGGCUGGGUGGCACCAAAGCCCACCUUCGAGGAGGAUUACAGCUCUCCGUAUGAGCUGGACCUAGAGCCGCUGGACGUUUUAGCCAACCUCAGCUCCAUCGUGUUGAAGGACUGCAUGUGGAGUGGUCUGGCUGCUGGUCAGCAGCUGGAGAAAGUCAGUCGUGAUAUCAAGGUUGCUCCAACGGCUCGGGCACCACGCGUGGCACCUGCCAUGACGCACAGCAGCCCAGCCACGCAGUGUGUGAGUCCGGCAGCGGUGCUCAGCCUCCCAGGGCAUCAUGGGAAGAAGACUGCCUCGGGCUCGUCCGGCUCAGACUCCCACUCGGACUCAUCUGAUGAGGAUGAAAUAGACGUGGUGACUGUGGACAGUCGGCCAAAGCGCGGCCGUCCGCCAGGCCGCCGCACACCUGUCACCAUCGCGGUCAGCGCUGACCCCCAUGGGCCCUGCCCCAAACACUUCCACAUCUCGCUCCACCGGCAGCAGCACAACUACGCCGCCCCGUCCCCUGAAUCUGACCAUGACGAGGAGGUGGAGGAGGAGGAGGAGGAGGAUGUUGAACCUCAGGGGAAGAGAGCCAGACUGGAGGCCUCGUCUUCGUCUUCGUCUCCUCUCUCCUCCCCAGCCAGCUCGGACUCUGAAGACACCACGGAGCAGCGGCGAAACUUUCUGGAGAGGAAAAGAAGGGACGAUCUUCGCUCUCGUUUCCAGGCGCUCCGCGGGGAAAUCCCAGGACUUUCCGAAUCUGCCAAAACCUCAAAGGUGGCCAUCCUGACCCGGGCCACGGAGUAUUUGAUGCAGCUCAGGGCGUGUGAGCGGCGGCAGAAUCAAGAGAGGAAAAAGCUCAGAGCCAAACAGCAGCAGCUGCUCCGCAAGAUCAGUGCGCUCAAAAACUCCUGAAACUACCUGAGCACACGGACCACACACACGGUCACCCGGGACGUUCUUCGGACUGCAGGUCACUUCUCAGUUAGCCAGAUAACGUGAGCCAAACGUCUGUGCCGACCUGCAUUUUUGUCAUUUUGUUGAGCGAUCUGGCGAGGUAUUUCACAGGGUUAACUGGGUGACUUGAACCAUCAGUUUGGCGUGUCCAGUAGGAGCGUCCCUCACCUUCUCCUGAAGUGGGCGGGGUUUGGCUUUUGGCUUCAUUUAUCUGGCUAAUGGAGAAAUCCCUACUGUAGUACACACCACAGAACUAACUGCUGGGCCUUUUGCCAUGUGAUCCGUAUAGUAAUUGCUUUGAUUACUUGCAUCAGGUGUUUAAUUUGAUUGGACUAGAACCUGCAAGAAGGUCCCCAGCAGAAGCAAUGGUGACCACUGGUCUAGUCAAAGUAACACCUGACCAGAGAAGAAACCGUUGGUAAGAUCUGUUCUGAGCAGGUCUUUCCAGAAGACGAGUUGGAAUAAUGAUUAAAAAUGAGCUGAAAGGUGGAAAAGGCUACGGCAUGUUUUUCUCCAGGCUGGCAGACUUUGUACCUUACGAGCAGGAAGAGUUUCUGGAAUUUAAGCUUUGAGCUAAAUGUAUGGGUUUUUUUUUUUUUUUGGUGCCCCUUUGUAUACGAAUAGUUUGUGGGCAGGGCGAACUGAACAGCUAAUCUAUUGCUGCAAAUGAAAACAAAAACCUCAGUCAAGUGUGGGUGUGCGUGCGCGUCGGGUCACAACACAGGAUUUCAGCUUCAGCCCCAGAGGGAGUUUUGUCCGGUAGGAAGAUGCAUUGCCACGCUUCCUCUUGGACGGUCCUGACUAUUGGAAGUUGUCUGGCCAACUGGGAAAGCACCUUCUAGGAUCCGAGUUACCCAGAUAACCACAUUGUCUUCUUUUUCUUUAAACGCCAAAUCGCUGUCCGCCUUAUCUGUAGCGUGCGGUCGAUUUACCGUAGAUGGUUUCGCCUCUUGGCUUCCGUUUCAAGCAUCUUGAGCUCUUGAGCCAUUUUUCAUGUUUUCUGAGUAGACACAGUUGCUGCCCAUGGUCAUCGGUGUGCGCUGCGGGUGAAGCGGACUGAGAUUUGGUUGGAAAAAUGGUGGAAUGUUGUAUUAAAGUCAAUGUUUCGGGCUGAAAUAAUCCAGCUAACGGAGAUCCUGUGUGAAAUGCACCCUUGGUGCGGGUGAAUGUGUGAACGGGUGUGUAAACAGACUCAGGAUAAAGACGUGGCUUGUGUAUGAACCUGAGUGGAACGUGGCGGCUGUUCCGUGUCGUUUCUGAGCGCUGGUGUGGUUCUGGUGCGGUUCUAGUGCGGUGAGUGAAUGUAAUCCGUGAUCCGAGAGAUGCUGUCGACGUAAAAAUCAUGCUUUGCGUAAAUUUACCUCAUUUCUGUCUGUGCAGUUCUAACGGCAGUGGAGUCGCACAUGCUUGUUUUGUAUAGAGAGUGGAAUUAUGGGUCUUUUUGUACAUUAAAAAAAAAAAAAAAAAUUAUGCACAAAACUGUUCUGUAAAUACUUUCACCUGAGUGGCUUCCUCGUCUGCUGUAUCUACCUAAGAACAUCAGAGUCUAUUUUGUUAAAAAAUAAAUGCAUUUGAAAAAGCUAA